AUGUACAACAAUUAUUGCCCAAAGUGUUCUUCUGUUAUUCUAGCAUUAAAUAAAUUUGGCAUUCGAUUUCGUUGUUUAGUCCGGCUGCAGAUCCAAGAAAUUCUCUUCCAUUCGCAUAAUAAAAUAACAGGUUGUAUAUGUAAUUUUUGUUAAAAAUCUAAUUAUCAGCUACGGAGUUAUUUUGUCGCUUAUCAUCUAGCACUGGCGAACAAAUUAGAACAGGUGUUGCGUUUCGAUCCUUAUCUGGAACAUUAUUUAAAUUUGAUGGGGAAUCCUUCAUAUUCCAUAGGUUUUACUAUGAAGGAUUUUUUCAUGUACAUUUUCUUUUAGUUUAUGUCCUACAAUAAAUUUUAAAUUUGAUGUAUUCGUAAAGAAUGAAUUCCAUCACAGAAACAAAUAUCUUGGGUUUGCUAGACUUAGAGUGCGUGCUGAUCA